GGAUAAUGAAAUAUGAUAUGGGGAUGAGUUAAUUGUGUUUUCUGAGAAACCGGGAGCAGAAAAUUUUGGUUCCUCCAAAGGGGCCAAGGUGAUCGGCACUAGCUUAGCAGAUCAUUUUCCCCACCCCCUUCGCAUCUCUUUCAGGAACUGGCCAUUUCUUUUGCCAAAUCUCCAGUUUCUGAAUGCCUGCAGGCGGCCAACGCUUCAUGCCUCUGAUCCAGGGUACCGAGGCUGGCCACCUGGUCACCCUUCUUUGAGAUUUACAAAUUUUUAUAUCUGCACAGCAGCACUUUUGAAGCUCAUAACUUUAUCUUGGGAUGCUGAAGAUCAAAGCAAAAAAGGUUGUCAAGAUGAGUUGCUUUUCGUGUUGUUCAGGAGAGAAACUAAGCAGAAAGUCAUUGAAGAAGAGUAUUAAGAAUUACAAGGACACAAAAACCUUAGCAUCAUUUGCCAACCUCUCCUUCAAAAGUGAUAGCAGCAGGAGAAGGUACAUAACAGAAGAAAUAAAGAAAAUUGGAAAAGGAAAUAUAUCUGCAAAGAUAUUCUCAUUCCGGGAAUUGACGGUAGCAACUCAAAACUUCACCCUGGAAAAUCUGAUCGGAGAAGGAGGGUUUGGGAGGGUGUACAAGGGCCAACUUGAAGAUAAGGAUGUUGCUGUUAAGCAACUUGACAGAAAUGGGUUUCAAGGGAACAGGGAAUUCCUGGUGGAGGUUUUAAUGUUGAGCCUUCUUCACCAUUCUAACCUUGUGAACUUAGUUGGAUAUUGUGCUGAUGGUGACCAAAGAAUCCUGGUCUAUGAGUAUUUGGCCAAUGGCUCCCUGGAAGAUCACCUUCUUGAUUUACCAGAGGGAAAAGCUCCUUUGGAUUGGAAUACCAGGAUGAAAGUUGCAGCUGGUGCAGCAAAAGGGCUAGAGUACCUGCACGAAACAGCAGAUCCUCCGGUGAUAUACCGUGACUUCAAAGCAUCAAACAUAUUAUUAGAUGCCGAGUUCAAUCCAAAGCUGUCAGACUUCGGGCUCGCCAAGCUCGGUCCAACUGGGGAUAAAACUCAUGUCUCGACCAGAGUGAUGGGAACUUAUGGCUAUUGCGCGCCUGAAUAUGCGUUGACAGGACAACUCACAUCAAAAUCUGACGUUUACAGCUUUGGAGUUGUGUUCUUGGAGAUCAUCACAGGGAGGAGGGUGAUUGACAAUUCAAGACCCACUGAAGAGCAGAAUCUUGUGACUUGGGCAUCGCCAUUGCUCAAAGACCGGAAGAAAUUUGAUUUAUUGGCAGACCCAUUGCUGGAAGGGAAUUACCCACAAAAGGGUCUUCAUCAAGCACUUGCUGUAGCAGCAAUGUGUCUCCAGGAGGAAGCUGCAACCAGGCCAUUGAUGAGUGAUGUAGUGACAGCUCUCGAGUAUCUAGCCACGAACAAAGAUGCGGGUCAAGGAGGUAUAUUAGAGGAACCUGAAGAGGGCGAAGAAGAUCAUAUUGAAGCUGAUAGCUAGGCUAAAAGUAAUUGGAUUAAAACUGGUAGAUUCUAAUGGUGAAGCACCAGAAGAAAACUGAGUUUUUUCUCAGGGGCCAAAGAUUAAAAGGAAAAAUGGGGAAUGCUUGUUUGGUUUGUUUUGGUCAUGUUGGCCCCCUAUAGGCUGGUCAAAGAAAGUACAAAAACAAAGCUUCAUAUGUACCAAAAGAUAAGUUGUUGGCUGAAGAAAUUAGCUGAGGAGCUAUUGGUACUUUGUGUAAGUUUUGUAGCAAAGCGGUAACUGGAGAAUUUUCCCUUUAUGGAAGCGCUCCAGAGUCUCUGGAGAAUCCCUUGAUCUUUAGCAACAUUGCUCCCAUGUUUUUUCACAUAAGAUUACAUGGGCAUGCUUGCCUACCCAUUAGGAACCAUAUAGUCCAGGAAAGUUUCUCUUUUUGUAAGAAAUCCUGCGACGAACCUCCGACCCUAUAUCACCCUUAUUCUUUAAAAGAUAAAAAGUGGGUACGCUUUAUUACCUUUGUUGGUAGGGGUGUUCCAAAGGUGUGGUUACCAUGGUAAUCGUUUUAACCAGUACUAUUUGGAUACUUUG